CCAAUGAGAAACAACCUCUCUUCAGUUCUCAUAGCCGCAGUUAGAGACCAAUCAACUCAAAUCCGACGUCAUUCUUUGAGGUUUUCUUUUUCAAAUGGUAUAUAAGCUGAGGCCCUCUGAUUACGCCGUUAAGAAAUCACCAACAAGUAUAUCGGAUACUUGGCACAACUGUCACUCGACAGCAUUCUCCUGAAAACCGGCCCAUCAAGACUUUGCCCUUCAACAGCAAGACUCCAAAACAUCCAUCCUCAGUUCAAACUCGGAAAGUAUCAACUUACCCAUCCAAAAUGGCUUCGGCAAACUCCCAAACCCUCGAAGCAAUGUGGGAAUAUCUCUCAACGCUCAAUUCCAGCUCACCAGAUUCCGCCAUCCAUACUUACACCCAGUUUUUCACCCCCACCGCAACCGCCGACCUCUCGGGAAUGAACCAACCCCCAGCAACUUCCCACGACACCCUCGCAGCCGCGCUUAAAGCUCUUCUUACCUACUAUGGCCACCUUGAGCGGAAGGUCAUCGCUCAUGUUGAAGGCGAAGAGGGAUCAGUAGUCAAUGCUAUGGAGAACCGGUUGCUGAUUGCGGGGGAGGUUGUGGAAGGGUUCAAGGAGUGUGAGGUCGUGAGGUUUGAGGAGGGGAAGAUUAAGGAGUACUUGUUGUACUGUGAUCCUGCGCCAAUACUGGCUGUCUUUGCGAAGAAGGCUGGGGCCAACACGUAAAGAUGAAGAGUUAGUGUAGAUAAGUGGAUGCAAGAAAAAUAUCCAGUGAGAGCUUGAAGAGUGGCUGUUAUGCUGCACGAGAUC